AUCACUCUUCACACGUAAACUUAUUAAUUCAUGGUCAUCGCAGCGCCGCCAUGACGACACAGGAUAUGAUGUGUGGGAUGGAGAUUUGUCCACGACUCUUCAAUGGGCUAUAAAAGGGGCGUUAUCACGGCGUAAAUUAACCAGUUCUGGCACGUAUUAUAUCAUUAAAUCAAGCAGCAUCGGCUAUUCCCACUUUGUCUUCCUCCUCUACACACCACAAGCGACUUUCAACCCGCCGUCAUUAUGUCUAAGCUCCUCGUUGUCUUCGGUGCUACCGGAAACCAAGGUGGCUCUGUUAUUCGCCAUGUUCUAGCCGACCCAGCCCUCUCCAAGGAGUUCAAAAUCCGAGGUAUUACGCGAGAUGCCACGAAGCCAGGGGCGAAACAACUGAGUGAAAAGGGCAUUGAAGUGGUAACCGGUGAUAUGAAUGAUGCUGCUUCACUUGCAGCUGCCGUCAGGGGUGCCCAUACUGUCUUCCUCGUCACGAACUUUUGGGAGACGGCGUCCAAGGCGACUGAGAUGGCGCAAGGUAAAGCAGUAGCGGACGCUUGCAGGGCCACCCAUGUGCAGCAUUUGAUUUUCUCGUCCCUGAUCAAUACAACGAAAGCUAGUCAGGGUCGACUGUCCAAUAUACACCACUUCGAUGGGAAGGCAGAGAUUGAGGAGUACAUCCGAGCAAUUGGUGUGCCAGCUACUUUCUUCCUCCCUGGCACUUUUAUGUCAUCGUUCAAAGAUAUGAUCCGACAACAAGAUGAUGGGAGCUAUCUCUUUACCUUGCCUGUCGGUGACAAUGCAAGGCUGCCCCUAUUUGACGCUGCUGGAGAUACCGGCCUUUUUGUGAAAGCUAUUAUAAAAAGUCGCGGUUCCCUCCUCGGAGAGCGAGUCUAUGGGGCAACAGACUACUACUCCCCUACCCAAAUGGUGAAAGAGUUCUCGGAAAUUACUGGAAAAGUAGCCAAUUUCCUAACGGUUCCAGCGGAAGCUUUCAAGUCGUUCUUACCUCCCGCAGCCGCGCAGGAGAUAUAUGAGAAUAUGGAGCUAUUAGUCGACCCGGGAUACUACGCAGGUGCCGGUUUGGAAAGUAGUCUCGCUCUGCUUGACCAACCGCCAACAUCAUGGAAAGCGUUUGUUGGACAGAAAGUCGAGUAG